GGGGAAGGCGGCGGCAGAGGCGGAGGGAGGGGGCCCUGGCCAGCCCAUCUUGCUGGGCGAUGGGCCUGGGCUACGCAGCGGAGUGAGGAGGGUACGACCUGGGUCGGAUAAGACAUUUUCAAAGUGUUCACUAUGGUCCGUGAAAGAAAAUGUAUAUUGUGUCACAUCAUAUACAGCUCAAAAAAGGAGAUGGAUGAACACAUGAGAAGUAUGCUUCACCACAGGGAACUUGAAAAUCUGAAAGGGAGGGACAGCAAUCAUGAGUGCCAGGUGUGCAGGGUGACAGUGGUGGGCUUGUCGGCGUAUGCUAAGCACAUCUCCAGCCAGCUGCACAAAGACAACAUCGAAGCCCACGAUGGAGAAGAAGGGAAAGAAGAGACUAACGAAGAAUACUUUGACAAGGAACUCAUCCAGUUAAUUAAACAAAGAAAUGAGCAGAACCGGGCAGGUGAAGUGUGCCGUGUGAACCAUGAAACAGAAAACAAUGACAGGCGAUUACAAAGAAGACAAGAUGAAAGAACUUAUCAAGACCGAGACACUUACGAUUCAUCAUCAAGAUAUCAUUGUGGACCAUCGCAGAGGGAGUGGAACUGGGAAAGUGACGGUUUAUUAAAUCCCAGACAAGGCCAAUUCACACAUCCUGCAAGGAAUCCUAAGAAUGCAAACAGGCAUCAGAGCAAGCAAAGAGGACGACCUGGGUGGCAUCAGAAUAAUACUGGAGUGUCUCCAAAUCGCUAUCAUAACUAUGGGAAUAAUGGAGGUGCUUGGCAUCAGAAUGCCAGAGGAGGAAUACCAGGCUGGCACCAUGGCGGCAGGGGAAGAAGUUCCAAAUGGAAUUCCGAAGGAGAAAAUACAUUUUCUUACUGGCAAGCCAAAAAUUCAGGUGGAAACUGGAAGCCUGGUCGACAAAACAGAAGGGGAUGGAAUUUAGGAAGAAGCAGGGCUCCAAACAAUAGUUCCCAGUUAGAUAGUGUGGAUGCUUCCUGGUUAAAAAGCAAAAGUGCACAGGAUAAAUACAAUAGAGAAAGAUAUGCAUGGCAGUGGCAAGACAGUAGUUCUGUGGUGCCUUAUAUGGGCCUUGCUAAUGAAAAUGACAACGGGGAUUAUGUUUUGGAUUUCACUAGCGAUCAGCUUCCUUCAGAUGGGUUACUAAACUUUGGUGUUUCUGAGCAACCAGAGAGCAAGACCUCCAAAGUUAAUGGAAAGAGCAACAGCCCUUCCCGAGAAAAAACAAAUCGCUGGGCUCCAUAUCCCUCUCAGAAAACGAUAGAACAGCAGCCACUGUGUGAUGAGAAUGUAGCUACAACUCCAGAGAAAGCAGAUUCUGGUCGUCUGUCAUGCUCUCCGUUGUCUCCAAAAUGCACAGAUCCUAAAACCAAUAACCCCAAACUGAAAAAAUGGGAAGAGACUUAUUCAGCAUCCCCCAAUUACAAAAUGGCAUCCAACAAACUUGUACCAUGUAAGAAGGCAGUAGACUUAACCAGUGAGAAAAAAUCAGACCAAGCUGAAGGCAAAGGUAACAGGAUGCCAUCUUUGAAGUCCCCGCUUCUGGCUAUUCCCGAUAUAAAGCCAUCUUCUCAAAAAAGAAGCCCAAAGAAUCUCUUGAAACAUGUCCAGCUUUUGUUAUCCUCAUCCGGAGAAAGCCAGAGCCAACCAAAUGCACUAAAUUUAGAUGCUAACAAUUCCUCCUCGGUUGGAUCCAAGCUGAGAAAUGAAUGUAAUGGUGACAACGAUUUAAAAGGCAUCACAUAUGUGCGUAGCAGCAAUGAAAAUCUAGGCGAAGCAUUACAAAAUGCCAAAGAAGAACUUAAGUGUAGCCAGUCUUUCCAAAACUCUUGCUUGAUCCCUUGUAGAGAUACUCAGACUGAUGGGAAUGACAACUGGAGCACUGAAGGUCCAGGAUUGUCUCUGAAAAUGCAUGAGCCCCAGAUAGAUGGACUGGAGGAUGAGAACUCUGGAGAUGGAACAGGAACCAAAAGUACUCACUCUAAUGCUUUCUCAACUUGUGAUCUUGGUGAAGCUGACCAUACGGCAACUAAAAAAGGUGGCUAUCUAUUAGAGUUGAAGAAUACUGAUAACAAAUAUACCAAAUUCCAAAUGGGCUCUCUAUCUCUAUCCAACGUUCAAGAUGACCUAGAUACAGACUUGAAAGCAUCCCUGGAAGAGGAUGGUGACGGAAGCACGACAAAAUCAAAUGAUGCCCCAGAAGAGGAAAGCUAUGCAGUUCAUUCUAAUCUCGAGCUGCAGAAAGAUGCAGGAGGGCAGCCCUCUGGCCCUCUUCUUCCUGAACUGAGUAAACUUGGCUUUCCAGCUUCUCUCCAAAGAGACCUAACGUGGCGUACCAACUUGAAGAGCAAAACUGGCUCACAUCUACCUGAGCCCAACCUGAACAUUGCAAGGCGCAUUCGCAAUGUCAGUGGCCACCGGAAGAGCGAAGCUGAGAAAGAAUCAGGGCUCAAGCCUACUUUGCGGCAGAUUAUUAGCGUAUCUCGUAGAAAUGUAAAUUGGGAGCAGGUCAUUCAGCAGGUGACAAAGAAGAAGCAAGAACUUGGCAAAGGUUUACCCAGGUUUGGCAUUGAGAUGGUUCCUCUCAUCCAGAAUGAACAAGAGGACCUUGAGUUGGAUGAAGAAGGUGACCUGACCAGUCUUGAAGGAUUCCACUGGGAAGGGAUAUCCAUAGGCUCCCCUGGGACUGUUAGGAAACGUAGUCUCUCCGAAAGCAGUGUGGCUGUAGAUAAGACCGCCUCCGUUUAUAGUUUUUUCAGCAGUCAAGGCUCAAGCAAAGAAAAUGAACAAAUGAGCUCAGUUGCCAACACUGAGGAUGUAACAUACGGAUCCCAGAUGUUUGCAGUUGCUGUGGCUGGUGCGAAACAAGAGUCCUCUUCUCUUCCUUCCUCACCAAACAUGUCUGACAGGACUGAUUCCAGGGGAAGGAGGCUCAGCCUACAGACUCCCCCUAAUGUUAACAGACUCACAGUGUUUAGUGCAGGACAAAGCCCAAGAAGCCCUGACUACAGGGCCCAGGCACUUGAAACCCAAGACAUGCUGGAGAGUCCAGGGGGAAAGUUCUGUAUGGCUUCAGCCCUUGCGGCAUUCAGCACUCUAGAUGCUGCUACAGACAGCAGCUACACAUCAGGCAACGAGCAAAAUGACAGCCAGGGAAUUGGCAAAAAAAGAAGAGCAACCGGGGAGGGAUCCUCUCCUGAAAUUCCAAGUCUAGAAAGAAAGAAUAAAAGGAGAAAGAUUAAAGGCAAAAAAGAGCGUUCACAGGUAGACCAGUUGUUGUCUAUUUCUUUGAGGGAAGAAGAAUUGAGUAAGUCCUUGCACUGUGUGGAUGGAAGCCUUGUGCCAGCUCGAGCUGCUCUGCAGGCAGCUUAUAUUGAAGUCCAGCGACUGCUCGUACUGAAACAGCAGAUAUCGGUGGAAAUGGGCAAUUUGAGAAGCCAAAGAAUUCAGAUCCUGCAGGGAUUGCAAGAAACCUAUGAACCUUCCGAACAGCUGCAGCAACUUCAACCCAGUGGCUCAAAUGAAAGAAGAAAUAACAAACUUCAGCCAACACAGGAUCUAAUUGCUAAUCCAGGUGGUCUUGUUCCUCUUUUGGAAGCUGCUUCACCUCUCUCUGCCCAGAUACCUGCAGUUCCUUUGGCAGCUCCUGUCCAUGCAAGCAAUCCACCUACAUUCCAAACCACUGGUGGCAUUGGAGCCAUCACAAUCCCAGAUUCAUCUGUUCAAAUCAAGCAAGAACCUGCAUCUCCCAAGCUUAGAGACGAGAGCAUGAAUAUUCCUGAACAGAGGCAUCCAUGUUCUUCACAGGCAGAGGCUCAGUUUCAGAAUGGGAAUACAAGACAACAACCUUUGCUGUACCCAGUUAUCUCUGCUACCAUGUCUUUGUCUGCACUUUAUGAUUUCCAAGAGCCUAAUCAAGAUAUGCAGAAACCUGUUCCAGAUAAGGGAAGGGCCAGGUCUUCCCCCAGCUAUUCACCAUCGCUCUUGGCAGAGAAGGCAGAAGAAAACAAAAUCCCACCAGACAACACUGUUAUGGAACAGUGCAGUAGCUCCUUUCAGAGCCCAACCUUUCCCUCUGAACUUCCUGCGGAUGAAAAUCCCAGACAGGCAACGGAGCAGAUGGCGGUUUCUGCAAUGGUCUCCGUGGAGAGCAAAAUGAGCAAGAAGAAGAAGAAGUUGAAGAAGAAGAAAGCACUGCGAGCAGCCCAUGUCCCUGAGAACAGCGAUACAGAGCAGGAUGUAAGUGACUCGAAGCCUUUAAGGAAAGUCAAGAUGGUAAAGGGGACCAGAGGGGGGAAAGUUACAACGUCCACCCCUCCAAAGCAAGAGGAUUCAGAGGCUGCUCGGGAAGGAAAGUGGAAGAAAGACGAGAAUGAGAGUGACACGUCUCUGGAAUUUGUGGAAGUCCCCAAAUCUCCUCUGGAAGUGGUUGCCAUCAAUUCAUCAGAAUCGGGGGAUGAAAAACCAGACAGCCCUUCUAAGAGGGAUGCGCUGAGUUCCUCAGAGCAGCUUCUGAGAGAGGCGUCUCGGUCUGGCUACGAUGAAGUGAGCUCUACCAGUGAGAUUGGAACAAACUAUAAGGAUGGCAUUGGUAGAAGUGUGGCUGAGACUCAAACGUCCAUAUCUUCAAUAAGAGGAUCAAAAAACUCAUCAGAAGUCUCCUCAGAGACAGGCGAAGAGGAAGAACCUACGGAAGGGGCCUUUGAGGGUCAUUCAGCUUCAGUGAAUGCAAUUCAGAUUUUUGGGAAUUUGUUGUACACCUGCUCAGCAGACAAAACCAUCCAUGCAUAUAACUUGGUGAGCAGGAAGUGUGUUGGUGUCUUUGAAGGGCACACCUCGAAAGUGAACUGCAUCCUGGUGACUCAGACAACAGGGAAGAAUGCAGUGCUCUAUUCGGGCUCCAGUGACCACAAUAUAAAUUGUUACAACAUCAAGAGUAGGGAACUUGUGGAUCAAAUUAAAUUGGACGACCGUAUACUCUGCCUGCACAGUAGAUGGAGAAUUCUUUAUGCCGGACUUGCUAAUGGCAGCGUGGCCACUUUCAGUAUAAAGAAUAACAAACCGCUUGAUAACUUUGAGUGCCAUGCUCCUAGGGCAAUCAGUUGUCUUGCCACAGCUCAGGAAGGAGCACGGAAGUUGCUGAUUGUGGGGUCCUACGAUUGUACAAUCAGUGUGCGAGAUGCCCGGAAUGGUUUGUUGCUUCGAACCCUCGAAGGUCAUAGCAAAACGGUGCUCUGUAUGAAGGUUGUGAAUGAUCUGGUCUUCAGUGGUUCCAGUGACCAGUCUGUCCAUGCCCACAAUAUACAUACGGGAGAGCUGGUGCGGAUUUAUAAAGGACACAACCAUGCAGUGACAGUCGUGAACAUCCUGGGUAAAGUGAUGUUAACAGCUUGCUUGGACAAAUGUGUUCGUGUUUAUGAGCUACAGUCCCAUGAUCGUUUGCAAGUCUACGGAGGACACUCGGAUAUGAUUAUGUGCAUGACCAUUCACAAGAGCAUGAUCUACACUGGCUGCUAUGAUGGUAGUAUCCAAGCUGUGCGGCUCAACUUGAUGCAGAAUUAUCGUUGUUGGUGGCACGGGUGUUCGCUGAUAUUUGGAGUUGUGGACCACCUGAAACAGCAUUUGUUAAAUGACCAUACAAAUCCAAAUUUUCAAACGCUGAAAUGUCGCUGGAAGAAUUGUGAUGCUUUCUUCACUUCUCGGAAAUGUUCCAAGCAGGAUGCUGUGGGACAUAUUGAAAAACAUGCAGAAGAAGAUAGCAAGAUUGACUCAUGAAGUUUUUGUUUUUUUUUUUUGCUUCCCACAUUGGGAAGUGCCUUUUAUAUACUGGAACUAUUCCAUGCCUUGUCCAUGCUCUUGCCCUCUCCUUUUUCCACCUUCAGUUUAUAUUUGGACUGCAAAAAGGACGUGGGCCAUUUUCUUUUCUUUCUUUCUUUGCUACAGAGACAGCAUUUUACUUGCAACUCUGUAGAGAAGGGAACGAUGAACAGACUCAGACCAAACAAAUUGUUUUAAUUUGUUAGCAGAAACCUAAAAAAAAUUUCCUGUUAUCCUAUCAAAGAAGUACAUUGUGCACAUCUAAGCCUUUAUUAGUACUCACAUUGGUGCCUAAAAAACACUGUUGAGCCAUCUAUUUUUUAUGUUGUACGCAGGAUUGCCCAGGCAUUUUACACUUCUGGCUUUAAACAAUUUAAAUAAAGAAACAACAACUCA